AUGUCAAACCGUCCUGGUUGCAGUAUUCUCAGAAAAAUCAUCAUCGAUUCCCAAGAUUAUCAUGAAAACACCGCUAUCGUUACAGAACAUCGUCAUUAUCUUAACACUCUGACCGAUAGCGAGAAGAAGAGCCUCGAACACGGCAUCAUAGUCACCGAACUACCAAGGUUCGUUCAAGAGUCGUUCUGUAUCGAAGAAAUAACAUACAUCGCGGAUAACAUACACUUCGGAAACUCCGCGUACGCAAGGGUCGGUAGUCCCAGUUUUGGUGAGAUACUUGUUAAUGCAUCGGCGACUACUUUGAAGAGGUUGGAGCUUUCUCUGGCCACUAUGACCGACUUUGAUGCCAAAAAGGAUCCUGAUGUCAGGAGGCCCAUCUUCCACAAUGUGACAUUCCUUAGCGUUAAUCUUCGCAAAAUGGAUGAUCACGAUAUCGCUAUAAUAGCCUGCCGGUUCCCGAAUCUCGAGGAACUUAGAGCUUGGCCUCUGUUUCAGGCGGAGUUUAGCAUCAAAGGCGAUGUUGCUUAUAGAGAUAUCGUUCGGAUGGAGAAAUUGAAGCGUGUGUUCUUACUCAGACAGUCUGGUCCAGGGUGGAAGACUAUGACGAGGAAGGAAUUACAGACUUCUGUAGAGUAUUGGAUCGGACUGGGGAGAGAUUCUACUCUUCCACGACUUUCGUCAUUGGGGAGUGUCGAGUUCUCUGUCGAUGAGCCUCAGAUGUCAAUCAGGUGUAGUAUUCUCAGGGAAGCUCGGCCGCGAGAUGCUUCUAGUGAAAGGUACAAGCCUCAUACCAGGCCGCUAGAAGAUGACGAGGGGUUCAAAGAUCUGGCGUUUGAUUGGCAGACGAUAACCAAGCCUUUCUGGGAGAGGGUUGGGGAUGACCCUGAGUUAGUUCGUCCUGAUGGCGUGCCACUUUUGGUGAUGGAACGGGAAUUGGAUAAGUAUUCGGGGCGCAUGGAUGGUUGGCCACCGCGUAUUACGAGGUUUAUAUUGGAAUAUCUACAAGAAGCUUAA